AUGUCGUCCAAGUACGAUAGCUUUCGCUCUAUUUUGGAUCAGCUGAUGGGCGGCGACCGCGAUCUGCUGCCGGAUCAGAAGACGAAUCGGCAGAUGCAUUUCUCUGAUGAUAAGGUGUGCAAGUUCUACAUUUGCGGCCUCUGCCCCCACGAGCUCUUCACCAACACCAAGAGCGAUCUCGGUCCGUGCACGAACCUUCAUGAUGACGACAUCAAGGCCCAGUACGACGAAGUGCCGUUCGAGGAGAAGAUGACCAAGUACCCCUUCGAGAGAGACUUCAUCGCCUUCAUGCAGAAGAUGGUCUCGGACCUCGACAAGAGAAUCGAUCGGGGGCACCAGCGAUUGUCUCUCCAAGAUCACGAGAAUCCUCUGACGCCCGACAAGAUGGAGAAAAUGGACGCCAUCAGCGAACAGAUCGAGAUGCUUCUUCGACAGAUGGAGGAUCUCGGUGCGGCGGGCAGGCUUCAGGAGGCGCAGAGCCUCGAGCUCCAGAUCCUCAAGCUCAAGGCCGAGCAGGAGGCCAUCAAGAAGGGCAUCAGCGGUCCCGGCGGUGCGGCCCUGUCGGCGCAGCAGCAGGAGAAGCGGCUCAAGGUGUGCGAGGUCUGCGGCGCGUUCUUGGUCGUUGGCGACACCGAUGAUCGCAUCAAAUCGCACAACGACGGCAAGCAGCACCAGGGCUUCGACGCCAUCCGCACCAUCCUCGCCGAGAAGCGCAAGAAGAUUCUCGAGGAGGGAGGCUCCGCAUCGCGAAUCAUCAUCAGGGACGAUCGAGACCUGCAGCGCGGCGGCCGCGAUCGAGGCGACAGCCGCUCGGGGCGCGACUCCUACUCCUCCUCCUCCUCGUCUCGAGGCGUACGUAGGGACAGCCGCUCGGGGCGCGACGACUACCGCAGCGACAGCGGCCGCUCCAGCGGUCGCGACUAUCGAGACAGGGACCGAGACCGAGACUACAGCCGCGACUACAGGGAGUACAGGGACCGAGACAGGGAUAGGGAGAGGGACAGCAGAGACAGGCGGGACCGAGAUAGAGACUACUACAGAGAUCGGGAUGGCGAAAGCAGCAGCAGGAGGCGGGGAGAGGAAGAGGAGUACGGCGGCGCGAGGAAGAGGGAGAGGGAGCACUCGAGAGAGUCGUCGGCGGGCCUGAAGGACUCGACGUCGUCGGCCGCCAGCGUCGGUCCCGGUCCGGACGGCGACGAGGCCGAGCGGAAGCGUCGUCGCGCCGAGGAAUGA